AACGGCCGGGACUGCGGUGAUAAACAAACACACGCAGUACAACCGUCGGCGUCAAUGCGGCGCUUCGACUACGGCGACCGCUGACUUUCAGGGACUCUGACCUUCUUCACGGACCCAGCUUUGAAGUCAGGAACCCGGGUGUUUCCAGGACUUCGCCCGAGGAAAAAAAACAACAACAACCAGGAUUUGUUACCCCCCCCCCCCCUCCACCACCACCACCACCACACUCCCCCUUUCUCCCACCUCGGAACUCGGCUUAUGUGACACAUUAACGUCCCGGUGGAGAAAACGAACGAAACAUGACGGAGCUGAGGAAGCGAGGCGCCGGUGGAGGAGACCCGGACAGCACCGACAACACCAGCGACAAGGAGGCCGAUGGCGACGACAGGCUGGGCCUGCAAGGCGACGCGGAGGGAGACUGCGACGGCGACUCCAAAGCAGACACUCCAGAUGUUCCCCUAUCCACGGCGGACACAGACAACACUCCACAGUACCUGAACAAGGCUCUGGAGGGCCUGCCGCCCAGAUGGAAGAACUACUGGAUACGAGGCGUUCUGUCCGUAGCCAUGAUCUCCGGCUUCUUCGUCAUCAUCUACAUGGGACCCGUCACUCUCAUAUUGGUGGUCAUGACGGUCCAGAUCAAGUGCUUCCAGGAGAUCAUCACCAUCGGCUACAGAGUGUACCACUCCUACGAGCUGCCCUGGUUCCGGACGCUGAGCUGGUACUUCCUGAUUUGCGUCAACUACUUCUUCUACGGGGAAACCGUCGCGGACUACUUUGGGGCUCUGGUGCAGAGGGAGGAGCCUCUGCAGUUCCUGGCUCGCUACCACCGCUUCAUCUCCUUCGCCUUGUACCUCGCAGGUUUCUGCAUGUUUGUGCUGACUUUAGUGAAGAAACAUUACCGCCUGCAGUUUUAUAUGUUUGCGUGGACUCAUGUGACCUUGCUGAUCGUGGUGACUCAGUCUCACCUCGUCAUCCAGAACCUGUUUGAAGGAAUGAUCUGGUUCAUUGUCCCGAUCUCCAUCGUCAUCUGCAAUGACAUCAUGGCCUACCUGUUCGGCUUCUUCUUCGGGAGGACUCCGCUGAUCAAGCUCUCACCCAAGAAGACCUGGGAGGGCUUCAUCGGAGGUUUCUUCGGCACUUUGGUCUUCGGCUUCAUCCUGGCCCACCUGCUGUCUCAGUUCCAGAACUUCGUGUGUCCCGUGGGCUUCAACAGCGAGACCAACCGGUUCUCGGUGGAAUGCGAGCCGUCGGACAUCUUCGUGAUGCAGGAGUACACGCUUCCCGUGGCGCUGCAGAACACGCUGGCAUGGAAAACGGUGAAGAUGUACCCGUUCCAGAUCCACAGCGUCUUCCUCUCGUCCUUCGGGUCUCUCAUCGGGCCUUUCGGCGGCUUCUUUGCCAGCGGCUUCAAGCGAGCCUUCAAAAUCAAAGACUUUGCCAACACCAUCCCCGGCCACGGCGGCAUCAUGGAUCGGUUCGACUGUCAGUACCUGAUGGCCACCUUCACGCACGUCUACAUCGCCAGCUUCAUCAGGGGGCCGAACCCCAGCAAAGUGCUGCAGCAGCUGCUGCUGCUUCACCCGGCGCAGCAGCUCGGCAUCUUCCACACGCUGCACUCCCACCUCAGAGAGCGCGGCAUGCUGCCCCCCCCCGCCGCCGCCGCCCAGGCUCAAUGAGGAGGACGUCCACUGGAGAGAGAGAGAGUGUGUCUGUGUGUGAGAUUUGUGUAAGCAUGUACACACACACACACACACACACUCUAAAAGCACGGCGUGUGAUCUCAUUGGACUUGCACAUGACUCUGAACCGGAGGAGACUCUUCGGACUACGUGGAACAACCUGGUAGUCGUAAAAGAAAAAACCCAAAUACAGACGGCAACAACAACAACAACAACAACAACAAACCUUUGAUUGCUUUCCUCUCGGACCGACACACGGACUCGAUGGUUACUGAAGAGGAAACGUACCGUCGGACUCUGGAGCACACGGCGGACAUUGCACUGACCUUAGCCGAACAAGCGUGUUUUCUUUUUUUCUUUUUAAAAGAAGCUUUUACCAGCGUGAACUGGGCCCCGAAGUGUUGCGCAAGAGGACUCGAGCUACCGCCAAUGAGAUUGUCCUUGGGGGGGGGGGAGCAUGAUGCAGCAGGGUCAUCCCGAUACUGUAGACACUGUUUUAUACACUAUGCUCCUGUUUAACGGACCUCACCACGUAGCAUGAGCGCCAGUCCAAAGCCAUGUUUGUUCCCUUCUUCCACCGCGUGAAGCUUUUUAAGCUUUUUAGCUUCUUUUUUUUGAGGUUUUCUGUCCGAACCUGAAAUAACUCGCACAAGUGAAGUCGGUGGACUGAAGGCACGUGAACGCAGAGCUUCAUGCACUCGAGUUAACACACUGUACAUAAAUAUAAUGAACAUAUUUAGCUGAGCAAAUACCUAAUGCGUAAUAUAACUACUUGUGUGAGUUACCAGGGGGGAGGGGGGCGAGGGGGGGGGGGGGCUGCUAUGAGAACUGAUAUGCAAGAAUAGAGUCUUUGUAACUCCUUUUUGUAGUUUUGCCUUUUUAGCAUGAACACUUUAGAUUUAUGAGGUUAUGGAUGCAGAUGUGACGUCGCUGCUGUUGCCGGGUAGACUUUUAAGAAUUUAAAAGGAAUAACUUUGA